UGUCGAGGUCUUCAUAAUCCAGUCAACCAUCAGAGGAAAGAGAAAGGGAGGAAGUAAGGAGCCUUGUUUGACUCCGGUCCUGACUUGUAAUUGGUUUGUGAGCUGUCCUCCAUACACGACUUUGCAGUGUAGUCCAUCGUAUUCAUUCCGUAUGGUGUUGAUGAUUUCCCCUGGUACAUUAUAGUGUGGAAGAAGGUUCCAUAAGGUUUUCCUAUCCACCCUCGAAUGAUUUCUCAUAAUCAAGGAAGUUGGUGUAUAGUGACGAGUUCCAUUCAAUUGAUUGUUCAACGAUGAUCCGUAAUGUCUGUGCACUACCUAUCCACACGGAAUCCGGUCUAUUGAUCUCGAAGCUGGUCGUUUACUGAAUCUUUCAUCUGGUUCGGCAACACUGUUGAAAACGUUUCUUGGUACCGAUACUAGUGUGAUGCCUGUGCAGUUCUCACACUUGCUGAGAUCUCCUUUCCUUGGUAUCCUGAUGAGAUAUCCUUCUUUCCGGUGUCUGUCUGUGUCUAUCAGUAUGUCGUCACUUGUUCCUCCUCCCAAAUCCUCCUGAAUGGAACAUGGAACAUGUUUGUGGUUACUCCGACGUGUGACUUGAAUGAUUCAGUUGGUAAAUUGUCAGGUUCGAUUGCUUCUACUGCUGUUGAUGUUUUCCCACAGUUGAUUUGUUUGAUGACCGAUCAUCCUGAUUUCUUCGAUCGUCGGUGGAGUGACAGUUGUAGGAAUGUGUGUAUGUGUUGCCUCGAUGUUCGUUGUGUUCAUUGGAGCUGUUCUAUUCAAGAGUUCGUCAACGUGUUCUACCUAUCUGUUCCUGCCUUGUCUUGUUUGUCCUUAAUCGGUCUCUCUGGUUUACUCUAUUUCCCUGCUUGUUUCUUAGUUGCGCCAUACGGUUUUCUGAUAUUUGCUUGUGUUACAGCUUUUUCCACCGUCGUUGUUAGGUGUUCCAUGUAUUUCUUCCUGUCGACUCUAAUGCUCCUCUUCACCUGUUUGUUUGCUUUGUGUACUCAGCUUGUGCCCUGACCAUCUCCGUUCUUCUUCGACUGUUGUUAAU